ACGACGACCCUCAUUCGUUUCGGCGCUGGUGGUAGCCUUCGCCACCACGAACAUUUUCUGCAUCAUCAAGCUUCCAUUUACUGCGGUAUUCAUUGAUUUCUUCGUAUGAAUGUGCUCCGUUUUUUCUCCCAUUGACGGAGCGAUUCCAUCGCAGAAUGAACCUUUGCAUCAUAGCUUCAAAAUCUUUGAUUUCGACGAAGAACAUCGGCUUCUUGUAUUACGUCAGUGUCAAGGUACGCUUUAUCCUAUUCUCUUCUUCCGCGCGCCAUUUUCACUGCUCUUCGGAAUUGAACAGCGAUAGUUGCAAGGCUGAGGGAAACAGUGGUAAUAAUGGAAUUGACGUUAAAUCCUCCUACGGAAUUUGCAAAAAUCUAAUACUAAAAACAGUUGCGGAAAACCCUAGGGUAUUUAGGAAUAGACACCGCGCUGUUCCGGAUUAUUUUAACGCUUUGGUGUUGGAUUCCGAUUUGUUUCUGAGUGUAAUUAAUUCAAUUCGUAAUCGGCCGAGAUUGGUGCUGAAGAUGUUUCGUUGGGCUGAGGUUCAGAAUGGGUUUAAGCAUUCUAAGUAUGUAUUUUGUGUCGUGCUUGAAGUGUUGGUGAGAAAUGGUUUAUUCAGAUCUGCUUAUUGGGUGUUGGAGAGGGUUAUUGAUGUUAAUAUGCAUAGCAUUGUUGAUUUAUUGAUUGAUGAGUAUUUAGAGAAAGAGAUAUCAUGUAAAGUGCUUGAUUUGGUAUUGUGGUUGUACACGAAGGAGUCGGAUGUCGAGAGAUGUUUGUCAUUGUUCGACAAGAUGGUGAGGAGUGGUAAGCUGCCGGAUGUGAAGAACUGCAAUAGGAUUCUUAGGAUACUUAGGGAUAGAGAUUUAAUUGUUAAAGCCAGGGAAGUGUAUGAUCUCAUGGGUGUGUUUGGGAUAAAGCCGAGCAUUGUAACGUACAAUACGGUGUUGGAUGCAUAUUGUAAGAAUGCAAACAUACAGCAGGCGUUGGAUCUUUUGCUGGAGAUGCAGGACAGGUGUUGUUCGCCUAAUGACAUUACCUAUAAUAUUCUGAUAAAUGGAUUGUCGAAGAAAGGUGAGUUUGAGGUCGCAAAAGGGUUGAUUGUGGAGAUGCUGAGUAAAGGGUUGAAUGUUUCGGCUUAUUCGUAUAACUCUUUGAUAAGUGGGUAUUGUCAGAAGGGGAUGCUUGAUGAGGCAGUGGGACUCGAAAAAGAGAUGAAAAUGAGGGGAGCUUCGCCAACAGUACCUACAUAUAAUGCAUUUAUGCACGGCUACUGUAAACAAGGGAGAGUUAGCUAUGCAAGGCAGUGGAUAUCGGUCAUGGUGAAGAAGAAUUUGUCUCUGGAUUUGAUUUCGUAUAAUAUUCUGAUAUAUGGGUACUGUCUGUUGGGGGAGAUAUCUGAGGCUCUUGUCUUGCUAUCAGAGCUACGAAAAAGGAAUAUAUGUCCAUCUGCUGUUACAUACAACACAAUAAUUGAUGGGCUUUCUCAAAAUGGGGAUUUAGAACGAGCUAAAAUGUUGAAAGAUGAAAUGAUUGAUAAUGGAAUUUAUCCUGAUGUUUUCACCUAUACGAUUCUCAUUAAUGGUUCGUACAGAGUGGGUAAUCUAUGGAUGGCGAAACUGCUUUAUGAAGAGAUGCUGUUGAAAGGUUUGGAGCCCGACCGAGUCGCAUACACAACAUGUAUAGCAGGUGAACUGAGGCUAGGAGACGUAUCUGCUGCCUUUAAAUUGCAAGAAGAGAUGUUAGCAAAAGGAUUCCCGCCUGAUGUAAUAACGUACAAUGUAUUUGUCGCUGGAAUUUCGAAAUUGGGCGACUUAAGUGAAGCUUAUGGACUGUUGCAGAAAAUGAUUCAGGAUGGAAUUAUGCCGGAUCAUGUUACAUAUACAAGCAUCAUCCAUGCUCACUUGGAAAUCGGCGAGCUUUGGAGAGCUCAAAAAUUGGUUCAGGAAAUGCUGAGUAGGGGUUUGUCGCUGACGGUUGUGACAUAUACCGUAUUAAUUCAUGCACAUGCUGAUCAAGGAAGGCUAGACCUAGCGUAUAUAUAUUUCUUUGAAAUGCAGGAGAAAGGUACUACCCCGAAUGUGAUCACGUACAAUGCCCUACUAAAUGGCCUCUGCAAAUUUGGGAAAAUGGAUGAAGCUUCCGAGUUGAUUUCGGAGAUGGAGUUGAAAGGAAUAUCAUGUAACAAAUACACGUACACCAUUUUGAUAAAUCAGCACUCUGAUCUCGGUAAUUGGCAGGAGGUAUUGAGGUUGUAUAAAGAAAUGCUGGAUAGAGGAAUUCAGCCUGAUUCCUGCACGUAUAGUGUGAUGUUCAAGCAUUUGAGAAAAGACUACAGAUCGCUUGCAGGAAAAGAACUCGAACGCAUACUUCUAGAUGAUAGAGAGGCAGAUGAGGCUGUUACUUGAACAUUGCUGCUCGGCUAGGCAAAUCUUGAAAACUCCUGCUCUUCCGCAGUACAGCAGGCUCUGGAUGGAUGCUUUACCAGGCACAAGUAGGGACUUCCCGCAGGCAAUGUUUAGCAUUAUUACAUCACAAGCUGUCAUCCUCGAUGUCUGUUUUUGAACCACUUAGUUGAGCUUUUUGAUUCCUUUCGGUGAUGGUCAUAUAGCUCUGAAACUCACAGAAAAAUACACACCUCAGAUUUUGAAGGCCACUCAUAUCACACGUUUGUUUCGAGGAUCUGCUUUCAGUGCCUGAAAUUUUAUCUGGUAUCUCCCUGUUGACAAAGCCGGAAACUUAAACUUGUGCCAGAGUUGAUUUCCUACUUGGCUGUGCAUAUCAUCCUCCCAAGAAUUCCGUGCUAAGGAGAGUUUCAAAGGGCGACAAUAAGGUUACUGAAAAAUCAAUGCCUUUUAAGCAGCCACAGCCGGGGAUCGGCUUCUACCUCGACCACCACACGAUAAAUAAACUUGCACAGGGCGGCGAUCGAACAAUACGAGUGCCACAGAGCUCUGAGAAAGAAGUAGUAAUUUCCUUGCUGGAUGUUUUGAUGUGUACAGCACAAAUGUUGGAGGGAUUCCUUAACUCGGAAAUGGUUCGAUUCUUUUAAUGUUAGGUAAGAAAAGCAUUCAAUUUAGGUGCACCUGUGUAUUCCAUUCAUUCAUUCAUGUUAUUCUUGGUUUGGUUCUUACACUCCACCAGCCAACUGUAAUGUUGUAUGUAAAUGUGUCUCUUUCUGUUAGCUGUAAAAUAAUUCUGCCCUUAGCAUAUCAUUUAUCAUAUCAUGUGGGGAUCCCUUUUUGGCAGUCACAUGUAUUAAUGAAAAAGGGGUUUUAUUCCUUCA